AUGAAGUCCUUCACAACACUACUGGCUAUGGCUUCUGCCGCCAGCGCCCAUAUGAUCAUGAAGUCCCCAGUACCACACUCUCCUCCGGACAAUGGACCACUCGACAAGGCUGGCGCAGACUUCCCCUGCAAAUUCGCUGGCGGCUCAGGCAAAAUCCAGACCACCAACGUAAACAAGAUGACCAUCGGAUCAUCCAACCCUCUUUCCUUUACUGGCAGCGCAGUCCACGGCGGUGGCUCGUGCCAAGUCAGUCUUGCCAAGGGCACAGAUAUUUCCAAGUCUACAAAAUGGAUGGUUAUUCAUAGUAUCGAAGGCGGUUGUCCUGCAGAUGCAGCAGGUAACCUCGGAGAUGAUCCAAAUGGUUCUGGCGCAGCCACGUUUCAAUUCACUGUUCCUGAUCAUCCAGAUCUUGGACCUGGUGACUAUACCUUGGCAUGGACGUGGAACAACAAGGUCGGCAACCGAGAAUUCUACAUGAACUGCGCAUAUGUUCAGCUGUCAGGUGCAGCCAAGAAGCGAUAUGCACCAUCCCAGCCAAUCUCCAAGCGUGCUGAUGGUCCUUUACCAGACAUGUUUGUAUCGAACAUUGGCAAUGGCUGUUCUACCAAGGAGGGCAUCGACGUUCAAUAUCCUAACCCAGGUUCUUCCUUGGAAGUCGGCAAGAACGCUGUUCUAGGCAAGCCCGACGGCAGUUGUGGCGCUUCUGGUGCAUCUGGCCCGUCUGAUCCUGCUCCAUCCAAGUCUAGCAUCGGCGCAGGCUCAGGCGCUACAUCUUCAGUUGUGGCGUCAUCUUCAGCCGUUGGCAACACCGUCAUCCCAACCACGACCGGUGUCAGUGCUGCUCAACCAUCAAGCUUCGCAGGUGGUGCCAAAUCUUCAGGUCUUGCGACUGUUCCCCAGCAAUCCGGCCAACGAACCCAAUCAUCUGGCAACGUCUUCGCAACAGUAUCUGCAAGCGGCACCCAAGCUGCACCCACAGCUGCUGCAACAUCCGCUGCCGUCGCAACAUCUGCCGCUGCACCAACACAGUCUGCCUCACCCGCCGCUCCCAUCGGUUCCGGCACAAGCACCGGCUCACAGGUCCAAGGCAUCUCCAUGAACUUCGCCUACAACCAGUCCAGCACUUCUGGCAAGCGAGACCUCCGAUCUCACAUCGCCAGACGCCGACAUAGCCUUCACGGCUCAACUAUCUAG